AAUGGCAAGUGUCAGACACACUCAAGACAGACGUCGCCAGUGGAGGUUGAUCGCAAACAGCUGUUUCCCAAGACGGUCUUCAUGCUGACUAAACGCGCGUGACAUCCGCGUCAGAAGCAGUCACCUGGACGCGACAGCACGUGUCACAACGCGUCACGACUCUCCUGGUCUUCGCCUCCAAGGUCAGGAUGAACCAAGCCAUCCUCGCUCGUAACGCAAGGAAACUCCUGCGAAACUCUCUUGUAAACAAUAGAUCUUUGGCUUCAAUAUCUUCAGCACCUCCGAAUCCAAACUCGGUAGGACCAUUUCAAGUGUUCGACCGCAAUGCGAAGCGUCUUCAAAAGGACCGAGCUGCUUCUCGUGCUGGAGGCGAACGAAGCAGGACCGUGGACUAUGUGCGCGACGCUGUUGCUGAUACUAUGAUGGAGCGACUGCUGGAUAUCAAACGAAAAUUCAACGUCAUCCUUGACCUUGGCUCUGGUCCAGGUCACUUUUCUAAGAUGCUUGAACCCAGUAUAACCAAAAAGGUUGUAAUGUUGGAGUCGAGUGAGAAGACCCUACACCGUGACCCAGACUCCGAGUUUGAUGUCGAGGUGGAUCGAAUUCAUGCAGACGAAGAGAACUUGCUUGAAACGAUCCCUCGUAACUCACAAGAGGCCAUCGUAUCGUGUCUCAGCUUGCACUGGGUGAACGACUUGCCUGAAGCACUACAACCGGACGGCGUAUUUCUGGGAGCAUUAUUUGGUGGGGAUACGCUUUUCGAACUAAGAACUUCCCUUCAAUUGGCAGAACUCGAGCGUGAAGGAGGAAUUUCCCCUCACGUCUCGCCAAUGACCGACUCUCGCGAUAUGUCGAACCUCCUUGGACGCGCAGGUUUCACCCUCUUGACUGUUGAUAUAGACGAAGUGAAAGUCAAUUAUCCUACUAUGUGGGAGCUUAUGGAGGAUCUCCGUGAUAUGGGCGAAAGCAAUGCCAUCAUCGGACGGCGGAACUACAUCCACAGGAACACUCUGGCGGCCGCUUCUGCCAUCUACAAAGAGCUUCAUGGAAACGAAGAUGGAUCCAUCCCAGCGACAUUCCAAAUCAUCUAUCUCGUGUGUAACAUUUUUCUCGCUUCAGAUUGUGGUUGUGUUAAAACCGGUAUGAUAGAUUGGUUGGAAACCUGCACCCACUCAGCCAAGAGCUCUCGAACGAGGCACCGCUCAGACCAACUUGAAAGAUGUGCUGUAGUACAAUCUGAAUUUGAUUCAUUUUGCAAUACGUACUACGGUGGCACUUCUUUGUUAUCAUCUGGAUCCAUGACUAUCGCAGGACCGUUUUCACUCGAAGUCAUAGGUUCAAGAGGAGCAGCAAUAGCAAUCCCAGCCUCAUCACCACUAUCAACGCCCUCGUUAUCCUCGUCUUCUAACUCUGCCGCAUCAACCACCAUUUGCUUAACACUGACACCGUCAGUAGUCGCAGCUUCAGGUGUCUUCGCUGUGGAACCCGCUAUAUCCUGAAACUUUCGUUUGGGAACGACUGAAUAUAAUGCUUGUUCCCAAUCUCGCGUCUCGACCCAUUUCAGUAGGAUCUC